AUGCGUGGGUCUCUCUUUCGUUUACGCGCUUGUUUUGAACGCUCACCAAAAACCGUCGUCUUAUUCGUUGUCAUUGCUGUUGCACUCUAUUUCAGUAUUCGUAACGUCGCUAGCGAUGUAAUCAUAGAGACACUGGACUCACACUAUCCGGCCAAUGGAUCUCUCAGGGACAUCCUGAGGACAGCGAGAGACUACCGCAGACAUCCCAUCAAGCGUCCAUACAAAGACAAGUUUUGGGAAGUUGGUCAACGGUCUCGCAGCUUGACCCGAUGGCUUGAUGGCCUCAAUGGCCCGUGGGGGUCUAAACUUGGCGACUUUGAGAAAGAGAGGCUUGUUGUAGCCAUCGAGACGACGGCCACCUCCCUAUUUCCGUUUCUCAGCCCGGAGCUACGCAACAAAGGUAGUAAAACACCACUUUUGGACUUGCGGCGUUCUUUUACCAAAGGCUCACAGGGGAUCGUCAUCCCUGCCGGCGGGAGUGAUCUACAAAUCAGGUUUGCGGGACAUUUGAUUGCUUCUCUCAGAGAUGUCUUUGGCUGCUCGCUGCCCAUCCAGAUUGCCUAUGCCGGGGAUUCUGACCUGCCAAAAGAACGUCGCGAUGCCCUCUUGUCGUUUGACAAGACAAACAAUACGGAAUUCCUAGAUGUGUGGACAGUAUUUGACGAUGAAACUCUGCGUCUUCGGAGAAAGGGCUGGGCCAUCAAAGCUUUUGCGGCUCUAGCAUCUAGGUUCGAACAAGUCAUUGUUCUCGACGCCGAUGCCGUGUUUCUUCAAUCACCAGAAGUGCUUUUUCAACAACGAGCGUACGUCGAAAGCGGAGCGUAUCUAUUCCACGAUCGACUAUUAUGGCAGCAUUCUUUCGGGGACAGACACGAGUGGUGGAAAGACCAAAUCAAGGAACCAUCACCAGCGAUGAACAAAUCUCUCGUCUGGACAGAAGACUACGCGGAAGAAUGCGACUCAGGGGUCGUCGUCCUCGACAAGUCCCGAACCGAAGUCUUUGUUGGCCUGCUUCACAUCGCAUGGCAAAACUCAUGGGCGGUACGAGACGAAGUUUCCUACAGGAUCACCUACGGAGAUAAGGAGACGUGGUGGCUUGGGCUGGAGCUUGCUGGAUCAAAAUACGAAUUCGAGGAGCACUAUGGCUCAAUCGUUGGAUGGGAAAGGGAGGGGAAACCCGACGAAAGGGCGGUAUGCAGCUUUGUUAUUGCGCAUACGGAUGAAAGGGACAAGCUACUGUGGUAUAACGGCAGCCUGUUGAAGAACAAGCUGGUCGAUCCGGACGGGUACGAGGUUCCAUUGUACUGGAUGAUGGAUGGCGAGUGGGAAAAGGGAGGGAAGAAGGACAUGAGCUGCAUGGUGGGAGCGACGAGGAGGCGACUGAGUGGGGAGGAGAUUUCGAUACUGCAGGACAGCAUGGAGGCAGCGGUCAAGGUGGAUGAAGUGAUGGCCAGCAUGAAGGCAUCGUGA